AUGGCGAAGUUAAAUACAGAUGGAACGAGCAAAAUUAACAAGGUAGCUGGAUGUAGAGGGUUUGUUAGCGAUCACUUAGGCGUUUGGAGGAUAGAUUUUUCAAAAUUUUUAGGGUUGUGUAAUGCAUUACUUGCGGAGUUAUGGGGUGUGUUUGAAGGUUUCAAGUUAACAAAAUCUUUGGGUUUAAGAAGGGUGGAGGUGAAUAUGGACUCUACUUUGGUGAUCAUGGCAAUUGAAGAAGGUACGAUAGAUAUAAACUGUGUUGCCAUUCUUCGAAGUAUCAAACAACUUAUUAAUGAUCAUGAGGUUGUGAUAGUCUCCAAUACUUAUAGAGACUCUAAUAAAUGUAGUGAUGGUGAAUCAUGGAUGCAUGAUAAAAAUUUCUUCUAUUUUUAA